CCAAAAAAAAAAAAAAAAAUCACUCAAAUCCAGAAAGGGACGAUCUUUGGGGAUUCAAUUCCGUUUCUGGGUUUUUUUCAAUUUCGACUUGGAUUUAUGUAUAUUAUCUCACUCGUUAAACAAUGGUGAAAGCAGUGGUUGGAGAAGAUACUAGACUUACUUCUGUUGAAGAUCGUCUCUCUCACUCAGCUAUUCCUGCUGAGGUGGGUCUUGUGAUAGGGAAGCUUAGCUCUGUUCUGGAUCGUGGAUUCGUGUUUGAUUUAAUUCCCACACCGAGCAACGAUGAUGGAGAACCAGCUUGCUCGGUUUUGGAGACUAAAGAUGAUAAAAGGAAGCCUUCCAAGUCAAAAUCAGAGUCAAGUUCUCUAUCGAUUGAUUCCGAUUGGGUAGCUGAACAUGCUCGACAGGUAUCGAGAAUGCUGUUGGGUGGAAUGAAGGUUGUUGGUAUCUAUGUGUGGGCUAGUGAUGCUGCUUUUAAGAAUUCUACUAUGAUCCUUUGCCAGGCUAUCAAGGGAGUUACAGAUGCAAUACGACAUUUGGAUCCUAGCUUGGAUGAAGCUCUUCUUAUUCACAUAUGUUAUAGUCCAAGGAGAUGGAGUUGUCGAACUUGUUUGUUGAGCUCAAGUAUUACGUCAAGUAGUCUUCGACCUUGUGACUUUAAGCUGGGAAGGGUGUUAAGUUCUCUACAGAGGUUUAAGUGCAGCUACAGCUUUAAUUUCAGAUUACCAAUUUACCGUGAGGGUGAGUCAACUGCCCAAUCAUUCACUGAUAUCCUCCGUCGAGAACUUGCAAUUCAUGCAAAAGAGCUGAAGAGUGCAAAUGCAAUGGUUGAUGGGGAUUUGGUGCAUAACGAUGAGCCUUGCAACACGGAUGGCGAACAUGAAGUUGAACUGUUAUUCCCAUUCAUGAAAGAUAGUCGUGCUGAAGCAUUAACUGCAAAGAAUAUUACUGGAAUUCUACUCUUCGGUGGUUCUAUAUUCUCUUACGCCUACUUGAACAUGAAAGAACCAGUUUCACAAGCUAUUACUGAUAUUAAGGCUGACAUUAUUAGGAGUCUGCAAAGUAGAUUGGACAUUAUCUGUGACGAGGCUGAGCAGGAUGUCAUUCCAAAGGAUGUUGGAGACGAUGAGGAUGCAAAUGAGAUGUCAAAAAUUCCCAUAUCCAAACUCAUCUUCAAAUCAUCAACAAAAAUAUGCCAUCUCCGUCUUCCUAGGAGAGUUCUUGUUCCGUGGCUGGCGGAUAUGUAUAUCUGCGAUUAUCUACAGCCAUUUGAGUCACACGAGGUGGUAAAAGAACGUUGCAUUGAGUUAAUGUCCAUGGAACAUUCUUCUAUUGACGCAUCAAAGAUUUCAGAAGUGGAAACCGAAACUUCUUUAUUGAUUGCGGAAUCAAUGUGGGACGUGAUAUCUCAUGCGACUUCUGCUUCCAAUUUCCGGUUAGAAGGGAACGUGGAAAGGACAAUGGGUGGAGAUGAAAGAAAGAGAACAAGUAACGCCGGCGGUAAUGCAUCCAACGUCCCUAUUUUGGUAGGGAUUUUCGUGCUUUUACUCUCGAUUGUAAUAGGAUUCAUGCUUUACCAGAGCGAAUAGCAAAUAUCACAUAAAUCUCUGUUUUGAUCAAACCACAAAUGAAUUGAGUUUUGUUUCAAGAAUUAUAGUUAUAGAGCAAGUUUUUUUUCC